AAAUGCGCCUUCUUCAAAACCCUAAUCGCAGGCUGAGCGUUUCAAAUUAGCAGAUUUUCUCCGCAGCCUCCGCGAAGAUGAAGUUCAACAUCGCAAACCCGACGACUGGAUGCCAGAAGAAGCUCGAGAUCGACGAUGACCUCAAGCUUCGUGCUUUCUGGGACAAGAGGAUCUCGCAGGAGGUCAAUGGGGAAGCAAUGGGUGAUGAGUUCAAGGGUUAUGUCUUCAAGAUCAUGGGAGGUUGCGACAAGCAAGGUUUCCCCAUGAAGCAGGGAGUUCUGACUACUGGCCGUGUCAGGCUUCUGUUGCAUAGAGGAACUCCUUGCUUCCGUGGUUACGGAAGAAGAACUGGGGAGAGGAGAAGGAAGUCUGUCCGUGGGUGCAUUGUUAGCCCCGAUCUCUCUGUCUUGAAUCUGGUGAUUGUCAAGAAGGGUGACAACGAGCUUCCUGGUCUCACUGAUACCGAGAAACCGAGGAUGAGAGGUCCCAAGAGGGCUUCAAAGAUCCGCAAGCUGUUUAACCUUAACAAGGAGGAUGAUGUGAGGAAGUACGUCAACACUUACCGCCGCACUUUCACCACCAAAGCAGGCAAGGAAGUGAGCAAGGCACCUAAGAUUCAGAGGCUUGUGACUCCCUUGACAUUGCAGAGAAAGAGAGCUAGAAUCGCUGACAAGAAGAAGAGGAUCGCCAAGGCCAAGACAGAAGCUGCUGAGUACCAGAAGCUUCUCGCGACACGCAUGAAGGAACAGAGGGAUAGGAGAAGCGAGAGUUUGGCCAAGAAGAGGUCUAAAUUGUCUGCUGCAACAAAACUAUCAGCAGCUGCAUAAUCGACACCGUCUGCGUUUAUGCUUCUGAAUCUGCUCAUGUCUUCUCAGAACUAAUUGAGUUUUGCAUAAUUUUGAAUCUUUUGCCGAAUGUUACACAACCAUUAGUUUUGCCUAUUUCGUUUUGGAUAAAUUUUGAGAUGAUACUAUUUUCUUUGAAUUUCAUGAGCAGCUUUUUAUAUUCGAGUGAUUAA